UUUCCAAACUCAAUCUUUAUCACAAAUGAACUGACGAUAACACCCCUCUCCUUUAGGUAGUUGUUGAAGUGAAGUCGCAGCAGCCUCCCCUCCUCUACCUCCUCCGUCGGAAUCCUCAUUCUCUGAGCUUCAGUCGAUAGAAAUAGUACCAUUCAGGCAGAGGCAGGCGUAGUGGAAGCGAGUGAUGUUCUCGUCUCUCUCUCGGCUAGUCCCUCGGGUGACCAGAUGCCAUUCCCACCUCACUGCUUUAAGGUCCUUCUCCUUCUCUAGGAUCCCACCCCCACCAGGUUCUGCAGAUAGUUUUCCUCAGCAGGGUGUUAAUGCUUCUGAGAAUGUUGCAACCGGAACGGGCUUGGAUCAUGUCACGGGGUUUCCUGGAAGGAAUUCCAGGUCUAUGGACUUUGUUAGGGGAGUUAUAGACCAAGAUGGAAGGGCAAACAGAGCGGAUCCUCAGUUUCAGUUCCCUAUUAGACAUAUGGAGCAGAAUGCUGAUGUAGUCCACAUAAAGUUGAUGCGUAAUAAUACUUUUGUUACCGUCACAGAUUCAAAGGGGAACAAGAAACUUGGGGCUUCAGCUGGAUCUGUACCAGAAAUGAAAGGAGGAGCAAAAUUGUCUCGCUAUGCUGCCGAAGCAACUGCAGAACAUGUUGGACGGAUGUCCAGAAAUUUUGGGUUGAAAUCAGUUGUGAUGAGGGUGAAAGGGUUUACUUAUUUCAAGAAGAAGAAGCAAGCUAUCUUGAGCUGGAAAGACGGCUUUACUAAUUCCAGAGUGGGUCAAAAUCCGGUUAUAUACAUUGAAGAUACCACCCGAAAGCCCCAUAAUGGCUGCCGACUCCGGAAGAAGCGUCGUGUCUAGAGAUACUGUAUGCUUUAUGUUGACCAAGUGUUGCUUUUACUUGGCUAGACGCAUCUUGUCAUAUACUGAGAUGAGUAAAAACUUGGUGGUGGCUAAUAAACUUUUGCUAGGAGAGCUUGGCAUACUUUUUUUUUUUUCCUUCACUUUAAUCCCAAUCUGAUUUUGUAGUCUACUUGAAUAUCACCUUAGUUUGUUUCACAUAUGGUUGGUUUUGUGAUAAUGUAUGGAAAUUUCUCUGAUAGUAUUGGUGAUGAAAAAUUUCUGCUUUGCUUA